CUUGAUCUCGCUAGCUGAAGAUGUAGGCUAUGGUGCUACUGUCCUGGGUGACAAAGGUCAAGGUUCUGCGGCUCUGAAACUUAAGGCAGUCGAAAGAGAAGGUGAGUUACAGUGUCUCAAGGCUUCAUUCAACGGCUGCACUCGUUGGGCAACCGCUGUUGCCAUCCUCGAUAGGCUCAGAAGCAUGACCACCGGUGGUACAGCGCCUGGGAAGAUGGUCGAUUCUAGUAUGCAUGCCGCAGUAUUCGGAAUUGCUUGCUAUAUCCAGAUAUCUCAUGCAGCAUGGAUUCAUCGAAACGCAUGGUCAAACUGCUUCAAGACGAAACGGUUUCGCCUUCCCAGGUUGUCUAUGGACACGCUAUUGUCAUUGUCGCUCCUCCUCAGUCUGGGCCUAUCGAUUUUCAAUAUCUUUCUCAGCGCAAAGUCCGGCUCAACACCCAAUACGUAUUCUUCAUCGGCUUCUUUUCUGAGUGUAGUCAUUAGUGCAGGGCGCUAUCUCGAUGUUACACUGAAGAAGCAUGGGGCGUCAGGAUUUGCAGGACUUUAUGGUCUGCAAAAGGAGAUGGAACUUGGAGUCGUAAUGGUUGAAGGACAUCCUGCGCGAACUCCUGAAAAAAGGGACGAUGUGGAAGCAUUUCUGGCCCCCAUGCCGACCACGCUUCUCGCCCCGCUUGAUGUUUAUCACAUUCCGCCUCAAGGGCUGAUACCCUGCGAUUCCUACAUCAUCAGAGGCACAAGUCUCAUCGCCGAAGCGAACAUGACGGGCGAGUCCAUGCCUUGUCGCAAGUCAACCGGCGACUUUCUGAUGUCCGGCACAAAAAAUCUGUCGAACAAUCUUGUUGCGGUAGUGACGAAGGCUCAAUCUGAUUCAAGUCUAGAAGCAUUACUCGAGAGCAUCGAGAAAGCAUCCGAGCAGAGAUAUGACCCAGCCGCCAAUGGAAGCAAGGACAGACGUUCUUAUAUGGACAGCGCGGCUCGCUACUUUGUCCCUGCAGUCCUCUCGCUCACUUGCAUUGGUCUGGCACUCACAAUGUACACACUGCCAUCAUCGAUCCGGCUCGCUGACAGGAUCAACGCCGCAUGCGAAAGAGCGAUGGCUACCCUUGCAGCCGCGUGCCCUUGUGCACUGGGCUUGGCAGGUCCUUCCGCUAUCAUGGCGGGCCUUGACGCUUGCUAUGCCUCAGGCAUCCUAGUACCAGGUGGAGCUGAAACAUUGGAGACAUUAUCUCGUCUUACACAUAUGGUGCUCGACAAGACAGGAACAUUGACGGAAGGCAGGCCCGAGAUUUCGUCCUCGUACUUCGUCGAGCCAUACAAUUCCGAUCCUGCGAAACGUGCCUUGUGCCAUCUGCUCCUCUGUGCUGCGGAACGAGAUGAGGCACAAGCACACCCUGUCGGUAGGGCGAUCUUCCAGUGGUCUUUGACACUUCUCCAGCAAGAUUUCUCGGGCAUACUCGACACGCUCGUAGAAGCUGAAGCAGGAACGUCCCCAACAAGUAACGUGGAAAGUAUUCCUGGAAGGGGGGUGUCUUGUGACGUCCAGGGACCUGGAGAGCUCUGGUAUCACGUCUGUGUCGGCAAUGAUCGUUUCUUGGUCGACCACGGUGUUACGAUUCCACCCCGUAUUUCGUCUGAAGUGGACAUGACCACGGUCCACUUCGCGAUCAAUGGCCAAUACACCGGCACGGUCAUUCUGCAGGACUCAAUCAGGCGUAAUGCUCCGGAUGUCCUGAAAGAGCUCAAAGAACUUGGCAUAUCUCUAACCAUGCUGACGGGUGAUUCGGAGGAAGAGGCACAGCGAGUGGCAACCAAACUGGAGAUUCCCCUUCUCAAAGCCAGAAGUCUUCCAAACGAGAAGAAAGAUCUGGUCGAGUCCUUGCAGUACAACUACGACUAUCAACACAAGAGUAAACUACGCCACACAGAGAACGUCGUCGCCAUGCUUGGGGAUGGUCUGAAUGACGCUCCUGCGCAAGCGGCCGCUGAUGUUGGCAUUCUUUUUUCCCUCUCCCCAUUAUCCAAGCGUCGGUCGUUGGUUUCUUCAACAUCUUUAGCUCUUGGGACAUCUGCAGUAGACGCCAUCAUCAUGUCGCCAGAGCUCACUGCUCUGCCAAGGCUUCUUCGAAUUGCUAGAGAGACUGCGAGACAGGCGAGGUGGAAUUUUCUAUGGGCCAUCGGAUACAACGCAAUUGCAAUCUCACUGGCCAUGGGCGUGGGAGACUUGAUGGGCUUGGGCCACAUCAUCAAAAUAGAUGCGUCGUUGGCUGGCACUAUGAUGGCAUUCUCGAGCAUUACUGUUCUUGGUAUGAGCUUACAUUUCCGACAACGGCUUCGAGAAUCUCAGUGAACCUCGAGUCUACUUAGAAGCAAGUAGGAUCUCUUCUAGACUGAUAGUCUUUGUGGCCAACUGCCCUGAUACAGUUACGAGAUGUCGCAAAGGCCCGCAAUUGGUACUUAUGUCGAGCCGAAGU